CGUAAAGCGCAGUCGUCGUUUGUUUGUUACUUUAACAGUUCAAGCCUUACGCUUAUCACACACAUACACAGACCGACACACACAUAGUGCGAAUCCGCGCGAUGCUAUUGAAAUUCGUUGCAUUUUUUGUGAUAUUUGGCAUUUGCUGUUCGCACGGCGCUGCCAACAAUUUGGAUCAUUAUGUUUAUGGGUCAAUGGAGGGCAGCACAACCACAGAACGCCUUAAUGCGGCCGUGCGUUGCGUCAAUGUCAAGCCACAAAGUUCCGUGGAUCUGGAGCAGAUAAUGGGCCUCUGGUAUGGCAGCGAAAUCAUAAUGCACAGUCAAGAUUUUCCGGGCGUAUACGAAUACGAUUCGUGCGUCAUCAUUCACCUGACCGACGUAACUGACAAGGUGCAAACCAACUACAACAACAGCAACAAUAAUAAUAACCAUUAUGGCUACAAUGGCUACAACAGCAAUCGCCAUCAAAAUCAGAAUCAGAACAAUUAUCGAACGCUGCCGAGCACGUCUCAAUAUCAGGAGUACGAUAACGAAUAUACCCGCCAAGCGCAGCAGCAGCGCAUGAGGUAUCUGCGUCUCGUGUGGAGCGAGCGGGACAACAAUCUGGAAUACACCUUCAACUAUACGGCAAAUGCCCCGAAUGUCUGGUCGAAUAUUGGCGAUCAGCGCGGCAGUCUGGUCACACUGAACUCUUAUACACAGUUCACGGGUACCGUACAGGUGGGCAAGGCGGUCAACGAUCACCUGGUGUUAACCUUCUGCGGCAACGAUGUCAAGAGCUCCAUUUACACCGUGGUACUCACGCGUAAUCGAUUGGGUCUUAGCAACGAGGAGCUGCGCAGCAUCCACAACAUGCUCUCGCGCCGCGGCCUCAACACGGAGACCAUACGCAGGGUCUGCAAUGGUUCGGCUCGCUUGAUCGUUGGGCUGCCUGCGCUGUUGCUGUUGCUGCUGUUGCCGCUGCUCGCCGUCAGAGGGCGUUGCCAUUGAGUGAGGCCGUCUGCCGCACAGGAACCGCAUUCCAGCCAUACACUAUGUUAAUUUAUGUCUAAUCGACUUACUUAAGCCACUUGGACUUACAGUCACAGCUCGAUUAACCAAUUCUCUCUAGUUUCGAUGCCUUAAUUGCUCUUGUCUCGCCUCAAUUAAACUCAAUUAGUUAGCUAACUAACCGCCCUGCCUACCCUCCGCUCCGUUGUCUUGGCUCUGUCUAACUGUGUGUGGGCGUUAAGUGUGCUCUUAAUUCAAUUAUCAAAUCGUUACAAACAUCGUUUUCUAACUUUUGAUUCCCACGCCACGGCCAAAAAGUAGGCAACGCAAAUUGCAAGCAAAAACCGCCGUUUUCACUUAACAGAUAAGAAUUUAUUGCAGCUAAAAGUGAGAAAGAGUAUCUAUAAGUCGCAUACGCCUGCCUUAGCUGCGUCGAUUAACUCAGUGGCUCGUGCAGUGGUACCGGUACGAUUUGUAUACCCAUUAAAAGUUUUCGAAAUAGGGCAUAUCGAAGCAGUUAAGUAUGUAUACGAGGGUAGUCUCAAAAGUUUAUCGUUUAACAA